AUGCUAAUCCAAAGACCAAAUUUGGAUGUUCAGUUCCAACUGGAGCAUGGGUCUGCCGAUUUCAGUGUCGGAGAUGACAUUAAGGGAACGGCUUUCAUUAUCCCACGAAAGGGUAUCUCUCCACAUCAGCUAAGCAUUUACCUUGAAGACUCGGGACUACUGCAAGGAGGCUUGAGACACGAGAUACCAUUCGGAUUCACGGUUCCUCCAAGGAUAAGAGGUUCGGUGUGCCAGCAAUUUUGUCACCAUCAGCAGGUCCAGGAAGAGCAUUCACUCCUUCCUCCGAGCAUAGGGCAAGACGGCAUGACUCCCAGCGAGAUAUCGGUCGAAUACAACAUAAAGCUCAGCUUGACACGGGGUAUCAACCGAGACGGGAUGCCAGCAGUAGCUGAAUGGGCAUUUCCAUUGUUUAUUGGUUCGCCGCGCAUAGAAGAGGCACCCUUGCUGGUUCCAGAAGACAGCAAGCAUUACUGCCUUAGUAAAGAGAAAUUCGUAUCCAAGUCACCGAUAUCUUUCUCUCGGAUUGGAGCGCUGUUGGCGCGGACGGCGCAGCCAGCCGCUAUUCAACAAGCAAAAGCCAUGGUCAGAUACUUACCAGUCGACUUACAGUUCCAAGCAAUAUCUGGACCACAUCUGCCACAGUUAUCAUCAAUUAUCUCUAGGGACUUCGACCCCGAGCCCGUUGGAGUGGGAAAAGUGCCAUUUUACCGAGGAUCUGGAUUCAUCCACGACCAGCAUCGCAUCAGGGAUAAUCUAUAG